AUGCGCCGUAUCGAUGAUACUGUUCCUUGCCGGAUCAAGUAUAUCGCCGUUCAGCCCACUCCCGUCACACUCUCCGAUGGCUUCCCAACCAUAAUCAUCACUGCCAUCUCCAAUCUUGAAACCGUCAAACGAACCCGCCAUAGUAUCAGCGGCGCAAACGAACCACUAGACUCCAUCUCCGUCCAAGCCGACAGCCUCAUCCGCUCGCUUUUGCUAAUCAAGGAUACUUACUCCCUCCAAACCUUACGAGUAGGCGAGCAGAUCUACCAGAUCAUGGAUCUCGCCUCCCGUCUCGGCGCCUCGAUGCUAGUAAUUGCCGCAGACAGCAGCCGCCGGACCACAACUCCUCCUGGAGGGCUGGAGAUCACGCCAGAUGACUACGUCUAUGGACACUUGCAGACUAUGAAGGGUCAACUGCAGGAUGCAAGAGAUACGCUGUUUGAGCUGGGAAGGAUAGGGAAGGGUGGAGGGUCGAACAGUGGCGCGCCACUGUGGGGGUUGAGACCGGCAUCACUCGGGAGAGUUAGCACAAAUAUCAUGAUCCUAAGCACACGUACUGUUUGA